AUGCCGCCUCUGCGGGAGUGGCAGCAGGUCGUGCUUGUGCUUCGCUCCUCGGCCGCGGGUGCGGACGGAGUCGCUCUGAACCGCCCCUUGGCGGCGCGCGGGAACCGGCAGCUGGCGGAGCUGCUGCUGCGGCAGACGGGAGAGGCGGAGGCGCUAGCGCUAGCCGGCCCGCUGCUCGCCGCAUUCGGCGACGAUUUGUGCGCGUACUUGGGAGGGCCGUCGGGGCAGGAGGAGGGCGGGCUGCUGGUCCACGGCGACGGGUCGCUCGAGGGCCGCGCCUCGCCGCUCGCGUUCCGCUGGUUCCUCGGCCGCCACACAGGCCUGACCACCGACGAGGGCGUGUGGCGGGCCAUCGCGUGCGCGCGGCCGGUUGCGCUGAAGCAGUGCCUCGGCCUGCCCAAGCCGCUGUGGCACGAGGUGAUGGAGCUGUGCGGCGGCGAGCUCGAGAUCCUCAAGCGGGACGACCUGCCGAGCGAGGACGACUGA